UUUUCCAGACGAAAAUGGCUGCCUCUCUCAUCUAAACCUCUGCUCAAAGGAUUAAAUGAGCGCAGAAUAAGCAGCAGAACCGGCGCUCCCGACCCGACCCGAUGCUGCUGGACACCGGGCUGUAGUUUGCGCUGCGGCCUCACGAACAUGUUGUGGUUGUCAGAGACGGAAAAUGUAUACGAGUCGAAAUUAACCCUUUGCUGCCCAACAUCCACCAACAAAUGAGAAAAUGAUGCAUCAAGUGACCAGCAGCAACAGUGACUAUUGCAUGAGUGGCCUGGCAGAGGACUGUCACCCAGCCAGCCACUUUGACUUAUGUAGCACGCAGUCCAACAAAUUCUACCCCUCUCCAACAAACCCAAGCUUGCAGCUGUCUCUCGCCGGCCUCGCCCCCUUGCCACAGGGCAUGCACAAAGCCAUGGCGUGCCAAAUGCAAGACGCCCAGAACGACUUCCAGACUCAGACGGCAAGAAUCCGUGGCAGUGAGGCUGCAGGGCCUGAUGGCUCCAAAAAGAAGAAAGGCAUAGUGAAGUCAGGACGGAGAGGGAGACCAUCAGGCACCACAAAGUCUGCCGGUUACCGUACGAGUACUGGACGGCCGCUCGGAACAACUAGAGCAGCUGGGUUCAAAACCAGCCCGGGGAGGCCCCUUGGUACCACCAAAGCAGCAGGAUACAAGGUCAGCCCCGGUAGGCCGCCCGGCAGCAUCAAGAGUCUCGCCCGGCUCAAGAAGCUGGAGUUCGGUUGUGACAGCAGCAAGAAACUUGACUUUAGCAACUGCAGUGUUCCCAAGAAACUGGACUUCACUGGCUGUGAUGUUCCACCUUUUCCGUACACCAUGAUGGAGAAAAGAGACCUCUGUGAGCCCAGUAGCAAAGUGGACGAGUCCAGAGAAUAGUUCAUUGGGUGCAUCCGGCCAGAGGACGCUAAGGAAACAUUUCUCUCAAAUGUUCUAGGAAGUAACUUUGUCGUUAAGAAAUGGCUCUGACUGAGUUUUCACUGUAAAGUGUUUGGCAUUGUAUUCAUCUUCUCAUAAUAAAGAACUGAAUCAGAAGUAUGCUAUUGCAAUUUGGCAGAGAUGCAUGCAUCACACCAAUAAGUAUAUUCAAAAAACGUAUUUAUCAGUUUGUCGUUCAAACCUCACUGUAGAGUGGAUCUUUUUUUUCCCUCUAGCAUUUUGUUCCUCUGAUUAGUGACACGUUCUUAUUCUGCUUUGACAUUUCUAUGGCCGAGUUCUUGUGACAUUUUCUACAUUUAUAAAAAUGAAAUUGCAAUAUUGUUCAAACGGCCGAUGAAAUCUUUUCCUGAGCAUAAACGUGGAUGUGUAAUUGUCGUCUGUGUUGUGGGAACCUUUUUUUAAACGAGCUCGAACUGCAAAAACUCGAUGCAUUAUAUCCCUUUCGAACGCAGUAUUUGUUAUUUCUGCACUUUGUGAAUAUAGUUUUUAUCAUUUAUCAUCUAUAUUGCCUGUGUUUGUCCUCAAACCCACUCGAGAAGCACUUCCAGAUUUACAUGUAUGUUGUUAUGCUUGUUCAUUAGGGGGAGACAAAUGACUUCAUGUAAAAAAAAAAAAAAAUGCUUUGUGGAAUAUGUAAUAAAUGAUAGUGUGUA